CAGGAUUGUGACGUACAACUAACUAGUGGCUCAAAGUACAGUGUCUGUUAGUUCCCCACAAAAAAAAGUUUGAAGAAGUUUGCAGCAAUCGUGUGUUGUCCCUACGUCACGGCAGGAGCAAGCACACACAGGCACGCAGUGCAUGUUCGUGCAGAUCUUGUGUUCGGGAAGCUGUUUCCUUCUUUGCUCUCUCGUUUGUCUGCUCAACCAUGGAUUUCAAAAUCCGCGUUGGUACCAAAGAUGACUGCAAAGACAUGUCGAGGAUGAUAAAGGAGCUGGCUGUUUUUGAAAAGAAGCUGGACGAGGUGAAGACGUCCCAUGAAGAACUGGAGAGGGACGGCUUCUGCCAGAAUCCCUUCUUUGAAUUUCUCAUUGCAGAAGUUCCUGAGGAGCAUAAAUCCAAAGAGGGAUUCACAGUUGUCGGCUACGCCCUUUACUUUUUCACCUUCAGUACAUGGAAGGGUCGGGCGAUGUAUAUGGAAGACCUGUAUGUGAUGGAGGAAUUCAGAGGAAAGGGUAUUGGCAAGGGUCUAAUCAGCAAAGUUGCUGAGAUGGGGAAAAAGAAUCUGUGCGUGCGGUUGCAGUUUUCCGUGUUGGACUGGAAUACUCCAGCUCGAGAGUUCUAUGCUGCUAAAGGAGCUCGGGACAUCACUGAGAAGGACGGCUGGCACUUCAUUCGUUUUGAAGGACAGGAGUUUGACAAUUUAGCAAAAAGUGCACCUAAAGAUUAGUUGUUUUACAAGGAAGAUCUACAGUGGCUCCAGAUGGGCGGUUAUUCUUCAUUUUUGUUAUUUUAAUCUCCAGAAAUAUUACAGGCACCUUGGUGAUGAAAGGAAAUUUACUUAGGGAAGUAAUAUCUAUGAGCGUGUAUAAUUUGGUGCAGCCUGAUUGUACAUAAGGGGACUGUUGGGCCUUGUAUAUGCAGCAUUAAGUGCCAUUCUUGUUCUCUGUGUUUUCUGUUGUACACAAAUUUACUUUGUAAGACAAUGUCAAAAUAAGCUUCACUGUUCUGGUUUUUGCUGGUUUAACAUACAUCUAAAGUCAAUCAUACUUUAAUAGAGUUGGGUACCCCACUUAUGAUUUACUGUUAAUACUGUGAUAUAAAAAAAUAAGAUUGUGUGGUUAUGCUUUGUCAUUAUUCCCCUAAUAAAGUUUUUCCAUAUU